UCCCCUUUAACCUCCUUGCGUGCGCGUCUUUGGUUUACACGGAGUUCUCUCCUCCUCUCGCAGUCAUUCAACCAUCUCAACCAUUCUCCAAUUCGAAUCCUCCUCCAGAUUCCUUCCCCAGAAUCCAAAAUCCCACCUUUCAAUCUUUCCUCAUUCGUUUCCUCUCAUCCUUUUCCUUGUUCUUCGUCUCUGCAGAAGCCUCUCUGAUCUCCGAUCACGUCGGGUUUUCUCCGGACUCGAUCGGAUUUAGGGAAUCCCGAAGGCGAAAUCCGAAGUGGGUCUCGACGGAUUUCAAUGAAGAGGUGACAAUUCGGUAGAGAAUCUGCAUUACAUUUGGAUUUGUUUAGGAAAGAGGGGGAUUUCGUCGUUUUGGGGGGGAAUUUUCCUGGGGAAGAAGAAUCAUGUCCUUUAGGUCACAAUCGGUGGGGAGCCAAUUCGCGGAGAAGCUAACAGAGGAUCCAGUGACGUAUAAAACGGCUCAGAGCACCGUUACGUGCACAUACCAGACGCAUAUCGCCGGAUUUUGGAGGAACGUAACGAUCCUAUGGUCGAAGAACAUGUUGAACCAUUCGCUUACCGUGAUGGUCACUAGCAUAGAAGGAGAUAUGAAUUACUGUUGUAAGGUUGAUCUCAAGCCAUGGAACUUCUGGAACAAGAAAGGGUACAAGUCAUUCGAGGUGGAAGGCAAUCCCGUCGAGGUUUAUUGGGAUUUCAGGUCAGCCAAAUUUGUGGGGGGUCCCGAACCGAGUUCAGACUUUUACGUGGCCGUGGUUUCAGACGAAGAGGUCGUGCUUCUGCUCGGGGAUUGCAAGAAGAAAGCCUUCAAGAGAACAAAGUCGAGACCCGCAUUGGUCGAGGCUGCCUUGUUCUACAAGAAAGAGAACGCUUUCGGGAAGAAGAGCUUCGCAACUAGGGCUAAGUUCAAUGACAGGAAGAAAGAGCAUGAGAUCAUCGUUGAGAGCUCGACAUCGGGGCCUAAAGAUCCCGAGAUGUGGAUUAGCAUAGAUGGGAUCGUGUUGGUUCAGGUGAGAAACUUGCAAUGGAAAUUCCGAGGGAAUCAAACUGUGUUGGUGGAUAAACAAUCUGUUCAAGUGUUUUGGGAUGUGUAUGAUUGGUUGUUCAGCCCCCCCGGGACAGGCCACGGCCGGUUCAUAUUCAAACCGGGAGCUGUGGAAGAGAGCGAUAAGGAAGGAAGCGGGCAUUUCAAUGGCAAUGACAGUGAUGCGAGCAUCGGAAGCAGGUAUUACUCGACAGCAAGCAGUGUUUGGCCUCCUGAGUUCUGUCUCUUUCUUUAUGCCUGGAAACUGGAGUAGUUGCAGAUGAAAUCUUCCAUUGUUUGGACAGAAAAAUGCUUCAUUUUCUUUCUUUCUAUUCUUUUUCUCUCUCCAUGGGUGUAUAUCUCUUGUAAUGUUCACCAACAUCAUCGUGUUCAAGACCUGAUGAUGUCAAUGUUAAUGCACAGGAUACAUUGUAUUUGCUCA